CGCCCAAACGCCAGCGUCUCCCGACGGACAAGAUGGCAGCCAACCGGCCCGAUACUAUUGCUGAGUCCGAGCCGCGCGCGUCAACCGGGCGGGCGGCGAAUCAAAGAUCAGGACGGUUUCCUGCGCGUUUUGUCCUCCCCCUUCCCUGCCUUUCGCCGUUCACUUCUGGCUAGUUUCCUCCUCGUCGUUCUCCUUUUUUGGCGAUGAAAACUGCUCUGCGCAUGCGUGUGACAAUGGCGCUCAUUUCUGUGCAAGCAAAACAACAAUUGAGCAAACCUUUUCACUUGGCCUUUUAACCGAAUUCCGGGGUCUCCACAGCGGUGCGGUUGUGUUGCGAUGGUUCGGAACUGAGGUCAACCGAUGCGCUUGUGACGGACGAACAGCCGUGAUGUCCAACGAGAGCCGGGCAUCGCUGAAGGGGGAGGGGGCCAUGGUGCAUUCUCCCGGUGCCUCGGGUGCCUCGCACGUCCGGCCUCUCUCGCCUUCGACCGCCGCCAAGCCACCCGAAUUGCCAGAUGAGCUGAUCCAGGCGGGCUGGUCCAAGUGCUGGUCUCGGCGGGAGAACCGUCCGUACUACUUCAACAGAUUCACCAACCAAAGCCUGUGGGAGGUGCCGGUGUUGGGCCAGCAUGACGUCAUUUCUGAUCCUUUAGGCCUGAACGCCGCUCCGGCAGAGGGCGCAGACGGUAACCUUGGCAACGGCCAGAGGAAGAGGCGCAGCUCUGAGGAGCAGGCGGCCGGGCCCAACAGCCUGAAACGGGCCAAGGUAAACUCAGCGGGGACUUUUGUUGGAAACAUGUCCUCUCUCAUGAUCCGCGUGUCCCGUCCCAUUCAGGCCGAGCCCACCACGCCCAUCUCGCCCAGCGUGCCUGGUGCAAAGCCCUGGUGCGCUGCACCUGAUGACAAACGAGGCACGGCGGCUGUGGCGCCCGGCACGCCGAGCCCCACCCCUGCGAUCUACAAGCCGACUGCCAUCUACUGGGAUCUGGACAUCCAGACCAACGCCGUCAUCAGAGAGCAACAACCCGCCCAGCACCUGCCCCCCCAUCCCGAGAUCGAGCUGCAGAGAGCUCAGCUGGUCACCAAACUCAGACAACACUACCAUGAGCUCUGUCACCAGAGAGAAGGCAUCGACCCACCUCGGGAGUCAUUCAACCGCUGGCUGUUGGAGAGGAAAGUGCUGGACAAAGGUUGGGACCCUAUGUUGCCCAGCGACUGCGAGCCUGUCAUCUCGCCGUCCAUGUUCCGAGAGGUCAUGAACGACAUCCCCAUCAGGCUGUCUCGGAUCAAAUACAAGGAGGAGGCCCGCAAGCUUCUCUUCAAGUACGCCGAAGCGGCCAAGAAGAUGAUCGACUCCAGGAAUGCCAGCCCGGAGAGCAGGAAGGUGGUCAAGUGGAACGCCGAAGACACCAUGAGCUGGUUGCGCAGGGACCACUCAGCCAGCAAGGAGGACUACAUGGACCGUCUGGAGCACCUCCGACAGCAGUGCGGUCCUCACGUAACGGCUGUGGCCAAAGACUCUGUGGAGGGGAUCUGCGCCAAGAUCUAUCAGUUGUCGUCUGACUACUGCAGGCGCCUUCGACACACGCACCUCAGCCUGCUGCAAGACCCGCCCGCAGAUGCGUCCGCCUCCUCCUCGUCUCCCCCUACGCUGCCAGCAUCGUCCCGUCUGGUGUACUGUUACCCGUUGCGUUUGGCGCAGCCGUCGCCGUCACUCCCGCGUGUGGAGCUUCAUUUUGAGAAUGACGUGGCCUGCCUGCGAUUCCGAGGGGAGAUGGUCAAAGUCAACAGGGGACACUUCAGCAAGCUGGAGCUGCUGUACAGGUACAGCUGCAUCGACGACUCUCGCUUCGAGAAGUUCCUGUCCAGGGUUUGGUGCCUGCUCAAGCGAUACCAGGUGAUGUUUGGCAGCAGCGCCAAUGAUGGCGCCGGCCUGCAGGGGGCGCUGCCAGUGUCUGUGUUUGAGGCUUUGAAUCGCCACUUUGCUGUUUCUUUUGAGUGUUUUGCCUCGCCGCUUAACUGCUACUACAAGCAGUUCUGCUCCGCCUUCCCCGACACCGAUGGCUACUUUGGAUCCCGAGGGCCGUUCCUGUCCUUCCGUCCCGUCAGCGGCUCGUUUGAAGCCAACCCGCCAUUCUGCGAAGAGCUGAUGGAUGCCAUGGUGGCACACUUUGAGGACCUUCUGGAGCAGUCCGGCGAGCCGCUGUCUUUCAUCGUCUUCGUCCCCGAGUGGCGAGACCCUGUGACACCGGCUCUGGGCCGCAUGGAGGCCAGCCGGUUCCUGCGCCACCAAAUGAGCGUGCCUGCCUACGAACACGAGUACCGCUCCGGAACGCAGCACAUCUGCAAAAGGGAGGAGAUGUACUACCGGGCAGUCCACGGCACAGCGGUGCUUUUCCUUCAGAAUGCGGCGGGCUUUGCCAAGUGGCCUCCCACGCCGGAGCGGCUGGCCGAGCUGACGGCGUCCUACCGGCCCUCGCGCUCCACCCCUGCCGCCGGUCCGCCUCCGUUAGCCUCCGCAGGCCCCGCCCACCAUCUCCCAGCCGACCGAGACUCGUCCGCCCUCAACAAGGCUGGCGACAGGGUGAGCGAUGCGCACGCAUCGCCAGGUGGCCAUGACAAGAACAACAACGGUGGCAGUCCGCAGGACAAAAUGGCCGCCGUCUAAAGGCAGGCACAUGCCAGAGCGCUCUGCGAUACAGGCUAGUCAUGUAACGUCUGGGCAUUGGUUGGCAAGGCAGCUAUCGCAUUCUUUAUUUCUCGGAUGGCCAGUUUAAGUUUGAAACGGACGUCUCGGCCGGCAUCAACAAGCAGCCCGGCCCCCCUUUUGCACGUGUGCUGUUGCACACACGCCUUUCUCGAGCCCAGAAAAAGAAAACCACCUUCACGGAAGUGCUGGCCUGCGUUUUAAAGCAAUUGUCGCCAACAUCCGAACACAAGAAACCGUAGCGGCUGCGCUUGGGCCAUUAAAUGUCUCUGCAGUCUGCAUCAAACGGGCCACGCACGCACUGCCAUGCCUGCAGAUCUGACCAAUUUAGUCAUUUUCCAACGACUGACAGGCCAAGGUCGGUGUGGCAACAAGUAACUAUGCUCACUUCAAAAGAGAUCAUUGCCGAAAAUGAACGUAGCCCCGAACGGGAAUGAGGAUGCGCACCAACCGAUUGGUCGCCCGCCUGCCUGCCCUGUAAAUGCUGUACAGCAAAGGUCAUGCUCAGUGGGGGCUUGUCAUCGUUUCUGUAUCACAAUGUUUACCAUAGUUUGUUCCAAACUAAACCAAAGUGUUGAGAAGAAAAGACAAGUCUAUAUAUUGUAAACGUACUGAAAGAAGUGUUUGAUAGUCAACCCAGCAAGUUUUUUCUUUUAUGUGGUGAACUCGAACGCAGCACCUGUGCUUACAUGAAAGGUUUUCUUUUCGCAAGGACAAGCUGAACGAGAUGCAAAAAUGACUUUUGUCCCCUUGUAAAAACAACAAUUUAUCCAAUGAAGUCUAGAUUUUUUACAAGAGUUUUCACAAGUAACAAAGAGAAAGUCGUAUGUGACAGUUUUGUGUUGUGAGCGUUUGUCAUCUUGUGAUUUUUUUUUUAAUCCAAAUGAUGCCAAUCAGCUCUUUGUUCUUUUUUAAAUUGGGCCUGCUUGGCUAAGCGCAACAAGUACGUGCUUGUACAUAGUAAAACGUGGGACUGCAGAAUGCGCUACGAACAAAAUGCAGUUUGAGUUUCAGUAAAGUUAUAUUCCAUCCUUGGGCACUUGUCCUCUUUUUAGACAGCAAAUUGUCACUUUUGAAUCAAAAUGUUAUUAAUAGAAAUAAAUGAACUAUCCUUGUGUGUAUACGAUGGUUGCUUUUAGUCGGUACAAUGAAUAACCAAAAUCCGGCGAAAAUUGACACUCGUUAUAAUAAAUAAAAAUGGUUGAUGAAUGUAAGAUACAGCGUGUAGUGCAAAGUUGAAGUUAUCCACGAACAAUAUGAGAAUUCUUUCACACCA